GGGAACCUUUAGACUGGGGCUCCUCUGGGAAGCCGGGGAUGCCGCAGUAUAGCUGAAGCGGCACCCAGGAAGGAGCGACGCGGCCCGGGCCGGAGCCCCGGCGCGGCCGACAUGGCCUGCUGCCACAAAGUAAUGCUGCUGCUAGACACCGCGGGCGGAGCCGAGCGCCACAGCCGGGUCCGGCGGGCCGCCCUGCGCCUCCUCACCUACCUGAGCUGCCGGUUCGGCCUGGCCAGGGUCCACUGGGCCUUCAAGUUCUUUGACUCGCAGGGAGCGCGCAGCCGGCCCUCCCGCGGGUGCGACUUCCGCGAGCUGGGGGUCCGCUCCUGGGAGGACUUUGAGGAGGAGCUGGAGGCCCGGCUCGGCGAGCGCGCCCCCGGCGCCCACCUGCCGGGCCCGGCGCCCAGGGCCAGCCUCACGCACAGCGCGCUGCUGGAGACGCUGCUGGACUACCAGUGGGACCGGCCGGAGAUCACGUCGCCCACGAAGCCGGUGCUGCGCAGCAGCGGGAGGAGGCUGCUGGACGUGGAGGGCGAGACCCGUGAGGCCGAGGCCGCGCCGGGGGGCUGCGUGAACGCCGUCUUCCUGCUGGCCCCCUGCCCGCAUUCGCGCAGGGAGCUGCUGCAGUUCGUGUCCGGGUGCGAGGCCCAGGUCCAGCGCCAGCCGCCCACGCCUAAGCAGGUGACGGAGAAGCUGCUGCCCAAGAGAGUCCAGGAGAUCCUGAUCGCCCGAAAAAUCCGCCUGUACUGGGUGGACACGACCGAGGCGUCCAAGUUGUGGGAAUCCCCAGACCACUUGGGGUACUGGACAGUGUGUGAACUGCUCCACCAUGGAGGAGGCGCUGUCUUGCCGUCCGAAACAUUCAGCCGGGAUUUUCCUAAAGCUGGGGAGACACUGUCAAGUGAGCCUCAUCUCUCUCCCUGGAUUUCAACUCUGCCGGCAGAGGCCACUUUAAACCGUUUGCUCUAUAAUUCUCCUGCGUAUGAAGCCUCAUUUCCACAGAUGCAGGGGACAUUAUUUCUCCCUGUUGAAGGCCAAGAGAGUCAAGAAACAUGGACAGUCACCUUGGAGCCCUUGGCUAUGCACCAGAGACAUUUUCAAAAACCAGUGAGAAUUUUUCUGAAAGGCUCCGUGGCCCAGUGGUCCCUCCCGCCCAGCAGCAUUGCAGGCACCGACAGCUGGAUGCUGCAGACUCCGGAGGAGCACACGUCGACCCAGAGGCUGUUUCAGCGGCUGGUGAGCAGGCUGGUGGCUGAGGAGCUGCAUCUGGUUGUUGAUGUGGACCCUGGAGAAGGCUGGCCCCCGGUCACCGGAGUUAUUUCCCCGCUCUCUGCCAAUGCUACAGUUCUCACUGUGUUCCGCACUGAAGAGGCUGUAUUUCAAAACCAUUUUCUCCAAGCAGCUGUGGCCCAGGGCCCGCAGGAUACAGCUUCCCUUUUCCCAGAUGUUGUGGAUGACGUACUGAAUCAGUUUCAUGAUUCACUGGAAAAUCCUGCUCCUUCUGCUCCUCCUGUUCCAGAGUGGGCCCAGCAGGAGCUUGGCCGCACCGUUGCCUGGAGUCCCACCAUUGUGGAGAAUUGGUUUCCUUUCUCAAACACCAGUGGUGCCAGUUCAAAUUUGAUGGAGUCAUUCUGGUUACUACAGGCUGCCUCAUGUAUUAAGGAAGAGGCUUCUAAAACCGAGAGUGAAUUAACCCGGGGCCUCUCGGAGCUCUACCAGAGAAGAUCCCGUGAAGAAUCCACUGCAACUAAUCAAGAGGACAGCAGAAAGAAACGCGGUGUCCCCCGCACUCCAGUGAGGCAGAAGAUGAAUACCAUGUGCCGUUCCUUGAAGAUGGUGAACGUUGCCAGGCUCAAUGUAAAGGCUCAGAAGUUACAGCCGGAUGGCAGUCCAGACGUGGCUGGGGAAAAGGGGAUCCCAAGGAUAGCUGGUGGAAGAGCAGCAGAUAAGCUGGAAGACAGAGGGAGGACGUUAAGAAGUUCUAAACCCAAAGAUUUUAAAACUGAGGAUGAACUACUGUCUUACAUACAUGAAAAUUACCAAAAGACUGUGGCCUCAGGAGAAACCACAUUGUGUUCGUGUGCUCGGAACAUAAUCUCCACCAUUAAAGUGUUCCUGAAAUCAAAAGGCAUCAAGGAAUUAGAAGUAACUUGUCUGAAUCAAGUAAAAAGUAACUUUUUAAAAACGAGCAAAAGUCUUCGACAGAAUCUAGGGAAAAAGCUGGAUAAAGAAGACAAAGUCAGAGAGUGCCAGCUCCAGGUGUUUCUUCGUUUGGAGCUGUGUGUACAGUGCCCUUCAGUACUUGAAAGUCCUGAUGAUAUGGAGCACACGGUGGAGGAGGUGACAGAUUUGCUGCGCAUGUUGUGUCUCACUGAGGACUCUGCAUACCUGUCCAACUUUCUGGAGGAAAUUUUGAAACUGUACAUUGACUCGAUCCCAGAGACGCUGGGAAACCUUUACAACAGCCUCGGGUUUAUGAUUCCUCAGAAGCUGGCUGGCGUCCUGCCUACAGACUUCUUCAGCGAUGACUCCAUAACACAAGAGAGCAAAUCACCACUUCCUUCCGUGCCUCUCCUGCCGAGUUCUCACAGAUCAGUGUCGGGCAGCACCGAAUCAGACCAGCUGGAAGAGCUGCGCACCAGAUCAGCCAAGAAGAGAAGGAAAAAUGCAUUAAUAAGACAUAAAAGCAUUGCAGAGGUUUCACAGAAUCUUCGACAAAUUGAAGUUCCCAAAAUGUCCAAGAGAGCUACAAAAAAUGAGAGCACUCGCCCUGCCCUUCAGCAGCCUCCGCCUCCAGGGAAAGAUACAGGACAAGAAGUGACCAAAGUUCGGAGAAAUCUCUUCAACCAAGAAGUACUAUCUCCCUCAAAAAGAUCUCUUAAGCGGGGGUUGCCCAGAAGCCAUUCUGUGUCAGCUGUCGAAGGUCUGGAGUAUAAACUGGACAGAAAGACCAGAGGUACCGUGUUUCCGUUCAUCAGCGAGGAGGGGCUCUUUCUGUCUUGGCUGAGUGAUUUGAGUCUUCUUCGGGUUUCUCAGUUUUGUUCAUCCUUUCAGUGGACUCUCUUUUGGUUUCAUUGGAUUUUCUCCGUUGUUUAUUAAUCUUGAUUUCCUUCCCUCUACUUGCCAUGAUUUUUAGCUU